UUUACAGUUCAUAUCUAGGGCGGUACAGUUGUAGGUCUACAAAAAUUGUACUGAUACAUUUUAGGCCGGACAAUGCUAAUUUUGCUGUUGCUGCUGAUCGCCUGUGAAGGGCAAUUGUCGAGUGGAGAUGGCGGGGUCCCCUCGGAGCAUCAAAGCUGGAUGGACGAAAUCAACAGACUGCAUGAAGAGAUGGCCGAUUUAAAUGAAGAACUCGCUUCCAUGAAAUCAGAGCAUCAGAGUGUUGGUUUCUUUUCCUACCUGACUGACAAUAUCGUCGACCCCCCAGUCGGGACCCGUGUGACGUUCAGAGGUGUGUACGUCAAUACAGGCAGUGCAUACGAUGCUACAACGGGGGUGUUUACCGCGCCCGUCUCCGGCACAUACGGUCUUGGCUUCACAGCGUCUGUAAAACCCGAGACGUCUCCACAUGGAAUACAUUUUGUAUUGAUGAAAAAUGGAAGCCAUGAAAUGCAUGAAUUUUUGGAUGGACACACAGAGAUCUGGCUGCAUUGUAUUUCCGACACCGUCGUACACUUGAAUGAAGGGGACACCGUUUGGAUGGAAAUUAUCUCGGUUGAGGGUUCGAACACCGUAGCUGGCCGCGACGGGAAUUUAGAUAGAGAAGACUAUCAUAACACCACUUUCAUGGGUUUCCUUAUACAUGCGGAUUAGAAUACCCGUCUGGCAUUUGUGAAAACAAUCGAGACUGAAGCUAAUGCCAUCAUUCAAAUUCCACUAAAUAAAUGCAUAUUCCACAGAAA